AUGAUUGUUAGUGGUCAAUUGGGAAAAGAAAUAGUACCUUCUGUUCACAAUUUUCGACAAGUUAUGUCAAUAUAUGUGUACUGUAUUAAUAAAGCAAUUAAUGAACAAUGGGCUAGUAGAUUUGUCAAAGUAAAAGCUGUUGUUGUUCACCUUGAUGAACUUAUUUCUCGAAUUACGACUGAUCAUAACAUUCAGAAUAAGAAGGAAGGAUCAUUGUCAUCCAAUCUUGUUACCACACAUCCUGACGCAGGAAAUCUUAACGAGGUCGUCGAUGAUGAAGUGUUAAAAUUAGCCAAGAGUGAAAUAAUACGCGCUCUUGACUUGGAAGAACACGAAAUAAAAGAUGAAAUUAUAAAUGAUUUGCUAGAAAAUGGUCGACAAUCAUUGUCUAAGUAUAAAGAAGAGUUCGCACCAGAUGUCUAUACAGCAGCAAUAAAUGAAAACGAUGGCAACCUGAUGAAGUCUCUGAAAGAAUACUUUGAACAACAAUGGAAAAUAAAAUAUGGUUCUUCAAAUCAAUGGUUUAUUUUAUUCUUAAAGGAAUAUAGAGAUGCUGUGAAUUAUGAUUCUGUUCUGAAACGUACAGCUGAAUAUGGCAAUAAAUACAUGAAAGAUUGCCCAAUCUUAUCAAUUGUUUUGCAACUUCUAUUUGAAGGUAUUGAUGACAAAUUUUUCGAUGAAACAAAUGCAUUCAAUGAUCUAUGGUGUGUAAUAACCAAUAAUGGUUUAAAAUCUAUAGAAAAUUUUUCUGAUAAUAAAAAGCGAUCCGUCUUAUUGCAAGCGUUACGUGAAUAUUAUUGUCCAAAAUUAUUUGAAUUAUUGGACAAAAGUAAAAUCUUGGAUAAAGACAAUUUGUAUGAAUCAGCAUUAAAUAAUGUUGCUGAAUACGGUUGGUUACAAGGUUUACAAGAAGUUGAAAAGAGAAUAAUAAUGAAACAUUUUAAAAUAUUACUAGCAAAUAUUCCUGUAUCCGGCGACACAUCUAGAAAGCAAGGUAAACUUGAUUUAAUUGAAUACCUUGUUUGUUCAUCCCUUUAA